GGUCAUGUGACCUUAACGUAACCGGACAGGAAAAGCCCCGCCGCCGCCGCCGCCGCCGCGCCGGAGACACCGACCGCGGCGGCAGCAGCAGCAGCAGCAGCGGCGAGAAGCAGAAGCGGCGGCGGGGAGGACAGCACGACCAAGGCUGCCCAGCGGCGCCUCCUCCACAAGCCCGCCGCAGCAGCACCGGCGACAGAUUUUUAAAAAAAUGGAUUUGGCCAACCAUGGACUUAUUCUCCUGCAACAGUUAAACGCUCAGCGCGAGUUUGGUUUCCUGUGUGACUGCACGGUUGCAAUCGGCGAUGUGUACUUCAAGGCACACAAAUCAGUUCUUGCUUCAUUCUCCAAUUACUUUAAGAUGUUGUUUGUCCAUCAGACCAGUGAGUGUGUCCGUUUGAAACCAACUGACAUACAGCCGGACAUUUUCAGCUAUCUCUUACAUUUGAUGUACACUGGGAAGAUGGCACCUCAGCUGAUCGACCCUGUACGGCUGGAACAAGGGAUCAAGUUUCUGCAUGCAUACCCACUGAUCCAGGAAGCCAGCCUCGCCAGCCAGGGAGCCUUUGCUCAUCCUGACCAGGUUUUCCCCCUGGCUUCCUCAUUGUAUGGCAUUCAGAUUGCAGAUCAUCAGUUGAGACAAGCCACCAAGAUUGCUUCAGCACCUGAAAAACUUGGGCGAGAGCCAAGGCCGCAGCCCACCAGAAUGAGCCAGGAACCGGUGCCAGAGGCCUCACAGCUCUCCCAGCUGCCUUCAAAUCUGGCCCAGGUGAAUCGGACAAACGUGACUCCCUCGGACCCACUGCAGACCUCACUGUCUCCAGAACUGGUUUCCACUCCUGUUCCUCCCCCUCCCUCUGGGGAAGAGACCAAUCUGGAGGCCUCUUCCUCUGAUGAACAACCUGCAUCGCUCACAAUAGCCCACGUCAAGCCGAGCAUCAUGAAGAGGAACGGAAGCUUCCCCAAGUACUACGCUUGCCACCUGUGUGGACGGCGCUUCACCCUCCGGAGUAGCUUGCGUGAACACCUCCAAAUUCACACGGGAGUCCCCUUCACAUCCAGCCAACAGGGAGAAAGCCGCGUGCCCCUGUCUCUCUGUAGCAACGCAGCUGACCUCGGGAAAGAUGCCAUGGAAGUGCCUGAAGCGGGGAUGAUCAGUGACAGCGAGCUGCAGCACAUCUCAGAUUCUCCAAUCAUUGAUGGACAGCAGCAGUCAGAAACCCCACCCCCCUCCGACAUCGCUGACAUUGACAACUUGGAGCAGGCGGACCAGGAGAGGGAGGUGAAGAGGCGGAAGUACGAGUGCACAAUCUGUGGACGGAAAUUCAUCCAGAAAAGCCACUGGAGGGAGCACAUGUACAUUCACACCGGCAAGCCUUUCAAAUGCAGCACUUGCGACAAGAGUUUUUGCAGGGCCAACCAGGCUGCCCGCCACGUGUGCCUCAACCAGAGCAUCGACACAUACACCAUGGUGGACAAACAGACUCUGGAGCUCUGCACCUUUGAAGAAGGUAGUCAGAUGGACAACAUGCUGGUACAAACCAACAAACCCUACAAAUGCAACUUGUGUGACAAAACGUUCUCAACUCCCAAUGAGGUUGUUAAACAUUCAUGCCAAAACCAGAACUCGGACGUCUUUGCCCUAGAGGAAGGGCGGUCUAUUCUGCUGGGCAGUGGGGACUCGGAAGUAACGGAACCUGACCACCCCGUGUUAGCUUCCAUCAAAAAGGAACAGGAAACCGUAUUGUUAGACUGAAUGUUACUUAUCUUUUAAAAAACUGUCAUUUUUACUAAGACUAUCAUCCUUCCCUUCCCCCAAUUCAGAACUGUAGUUCUCUGUGGCAUGAUACAAACAGGUCCCUGUUCCCAUCUCCCCUUCGCCUCCUCCCCAUCCCAGCCCCACCUCUGUAAAGGCUUUGUGCAUUAUAAACCUGGAAUGUGUCUACUUUAAUUCAGGGGAUAUUGGAAAGAUAACGGUCAGUAGUACUUAUACACUCAAAUAGAUUUUGAGAAGUUUUAGAUUAUUUAAAAGCAUACUUGGAACUAAUGAAGGGUAUAUAACAAAACAACUAGAAUGCAAUUUGGUAAGCUAAAAUUAUGACUCUCCCUGGGUAUUAAGUCUUCCUUCUCAGAAAACUAUUGUCAGGAAAUACAGCAUGCUUCUUAAGAGAUACUUCUGGGCUCUGUACUAUGCAAAAUCUAGAAGGUGUGGGGAAACUUUAAACCCAAAAAAAGUUAUUAGUAUUUAUCUUCCAGGUGUCUUUAUUUCAGAAUGCAUCCUUUGAGAUUAUGUCCAAUUAAGAAAAAUCAUUAGUUAAGAAAUCGACUUUUAACAGAACACAAAAGACAAAAAGUAAUAAUGUGAUGGCAAUCUUAAUUUGGGGGUCAAAGAAGCUGUGAGUUUGUGUGUUUAUAAAAGAAAACGCAUGGGUACUUGCUAUAAACAGGCGAAUUAAUGCACAUGCCUUAUCUAAUUGCUGGCUUCUUUCCGUGUGGAACAACAAAAAAAUGCUGUAUUUUAGUUUCUGACAAAUUUGUUGUCUGUUUUAAAAAUCAGAUUCAAAAGUACUACUCUAUAAAUUGAGUAGAAAAUAACAUGCCAUUUUUUAGCAGGUGACAGUGGUAACUCACUUUUGUGCCAUCCGGCUGCUUUUUGAAAUCAGCAUAUGUACCAGAGGGAAAGGAUGAAAGAAUGUGCAUUUUACAUAGGAACGUUGUGAGCAGAAGGUGUAGUAAGUAACUUUAAUAACUUAAAAAGUCAACAUUAAUACUUUACUGGCAAUGUUAAUUGAAGCAUCAAAAAUGGCAAAAGGAAAUCAGGAUAAAAAUCUAAUUGCUAUUUGGGAAAAAACUUGAUUUUGAUGUUUAUUCUCUAUUUUUUCUUAUUUUUUUAAUGCCUGAAAUGUUCUCCAUUGGCCUGAAUGCAGUCCAUUAAUCUUCCCUUAAGCCAAUAAAAGGAUGGUCUCAAAGGACAGAAUAGGAGCCAGAAAUAAGGACUGAAGGGGAAAGGGAAGGGGAAAAUAGUUAAUAGCUAUACUCUAUGUACAUGUUAAAAACUGAGUAUCCCAUCAUUCUACUUCAUGUAUAGCUGAGUUCUCAGAUUUGUAAGUUUUUAUACAUCCUUUCAUUGAAUAAAUGUUUAAUUAAAUGAG